CAGAAAAACCGUAAAACUAUAACGUUACCCUCGACCGAAUCAUCAAAUCGUACACGAUUGAUUUCGCGAAGGUAGAGGAAAAAAUCAACAAACAAUAAAGUUACAGUUUGAAGAGCAGCGAUCCAUUGCUGAAAGAAUAACAGUGCGUGAUCAUACCCGGGCAGGAUGAAGAACUAAACAGGAAAGAAAAAUUACAGAAAAAAAGAAGAAAAAAAUUCCAGCAGCUGGAAGGCGAUAAUCAACACAACAUCGUUUUGAAUCGAGUAAAACAUGCUGAAACGCAACGCAGAAGAAGGAAGAUCAUUGAAGAAGUAAAUAAAGAAAAACAGUGAGUGAAAAUCGUAGAAGAGGGCAGCCCCAAGAAUAAAUUAGAGGAAUAGAGGAAUAGAAAAGGUGAAGCAUAAAUCCGUAUUUCAACAGUUCAAGUGCCGUCGAUUUGUUGUUGAGGACUCAAAAAAAGGGGGGAAAGCGAAACUUUGCGCUAUGUGGGGAGAAGGCAAGAAAAUCUACAACAAGUGAUGCCUGCGAUGAAAGUUGUGCUGAAGAAAGAGUGAGGUAGAAGAGGAAAAAAAGUCCAAUUCCAUAACAUAAUUAAACAACAGUUAGCCCGAAAAGUCGAGGGAAGUGUAAGAGAAAAGUCAGCUCCCCUCGAUCUGCUGGAAGAAGAAGAAAAAACAAAAUAUAGGAAAGAUAAGUUCCAAACUUGAACCAGUUCUGAGCCGGGGCAGUCAAUCAACUAUCUGUUUGCUGAAUUGUUGAAUCGAUUCGUGGAAGAGUACUGCUAUGUUGAUCUGUUGAGUGUUCUUGUUGCAGUAAGAUCUCUCUCGCUUCCAGUGCUGCCAACCGUAAACCCAGUAAAGCAAAUGCAAAUUAAAUUACGUAUCCAGUAACAAAAACCAGAAAAGCAACCGGCAACAAUCAAUUGUUGUUGUACUGUGGUAUUAAUGUAUUUAAGGAAAAAAAAUAGAAGCAAAAAUUAUUCUACCGUUCCCCACUAAAAAGAAAUCGAUAAAAUCCAGUUAUAUUGCAAAAGUUUAAUGUAAAAAAAGUAUCAAACAGCUGCCAGUGUUAAUUGAUAAGUGUUUAAAAGUUUUAAGAGGAAAACAAAAAAGUCAGUACCAACUAAUUGCUACACAAAACAAAACGGAGAAUCUCAUAAAGUCGAAUACCAGUCGGAAUUCCACCAGUGCAAAAAAUAAAAGCAAUCAUAAUCAUCACAACCUCGAAUAAGGAAGAAAGUGGCGAAUGCAACCAAACUUAAAUGAGAAAACUAAUAUACCAGAUACCGACCGAAGAGAGCGAAAAAAAUAAAGUUGGAAAAGCUGAAACAAAGAAAAGUACCAGAAAAAAAUACCCAAUGAUAGCCCAAUGAAAAUAAAAGCGAGUCAGCAAAAAGUGCUUAGACAGGUGAAUGAAGAGAGUGUUUGUAAAUAGUCCGUCGUCAGUUAUUCCCUGCUAAUUUUUGGUUGAAUUGGAGCUGCAGAAAUCCAAUUGAAAAAAAGGAGAAGAAAAAGCCAACAGUCAAACAGUUAUUCCGAGAAUUUAUGAUUGGCAGUUUGCUCGCGCCAAAUUCUACAGUCACACUCUCGGGCGAAGCAAAAUGAGGAGGGAGAAAUAGAAAAAAAAAACGCCAACAUAAUUAAUGACCCACAGCAAAACACAGCCGAAUGGAAGAAAAAAAGUGGGCACAAAAAACUAUCUCGGAGGGAGCUGUCCAAUGAAGUUAUUAAAGUUUGUCUGUGUUUCGUUCACUUAAAAGUGUGUGCAUUUUUUCAAAUUUUAUGUGAAUUACUUCGUGAAAAUCGAUAAAGAUAAGCAUAAAGUAAAACCGAAAAAAUCGGUCGAGUGUCGAAAAUCAAAAUCAUCUAAGAAUAAGUUUCCAGAAAAUCCAGAUGGCAAAUAUUAUAAAGUUGCAAUCCAAUCGGAUAUAACUUAAGCUGAAUAUAACAGAUUACACCCGCAAUAACUACUGUACAGCCGACUACCGCCGACAAUCUUAACUAAGCAAUGUGUCUUCACUAGUCAUUUAUUGAAAAAUUGAAUUAAACUAAAAACUGACACCCUUAAGAGAGCAUCAUAACAACCAUCAUGUCCCAGUAUCGCCACAAAGAUCAUUGCAAAUUUCGAAAGAAGCGUCCGGAUGCUGUACUCCUGCUGGAUCGGAACCUCUGUCCACGGAUGGACCGGGAAUGAAUCCCACUUUGAUUUGAUUUUCCGAAUCGAAUCGAAUCGCAAGAGUCUCAACCUCUUAGAAUCUCUCCUCUCGUCUUAGAAGAAAGGUCAUGUACCGGGUAAACAUUGUAAGCACAAAUCCAACUGGGAGCAGUAGCAGCGUACAGCAGUCGUCGUCGUCGUCGAGUGGAAGUGGUAGUAGUGCAGGUCAGCAAUCCUCAACCGGAAGUGGAAAUCUCAUCAGUCAAAUUCCUCAACUAACGCUGGUUCAGCACAAUCCGGGAUCUCAGCAAAGUGGCAUUCAAACGAUUACGGCCUCAACGACGACCACGAUCAUUGGUCUAACGUCGUUGGCUGGACUCAAUGCGACAACAAUCACCGGACUGGCGGCAGUUGCAGCAGGCGGAAGUGGUUCUGGAGCAUCCGGAAUUGGUCCGACGAUUGUUCCGGCAAGUAGUGCCAUUAUACCGGCUGCGGCAUCCUCGGCCAACAUUGCGACCACUAAUCGGAUCCUGAAGGCGGCCGCAAACAACAACAAUAUCAGCAUCGUCAAGAUCGGUGAUGAGAUAAUGCUGAAGGCCGUUAAGGUCGAACCGCUUCCGGCUCCGGCCGCUGUUGCCGGUGGAGAUUCCGGAGGCGGAGGUGGUGGAAGUACCGGAAUACUACCCAGUGCGACCACUGCCGGAGGCUUAACGGUGACGGCCAUUCCGGCGGCUGGUUCCGGAACCAUUACGACCACCACCAAUGGCCACGUCAUCUACGGGGGGAAGCGACGCCUUGAAAGCAAUGAGGAAUGGAUCUCGUCCCCUAGUCCGGGAAGUGUGCCGGGUUCGGCACCGCCGCUGAGUCCGUCCCCCGGCAGCCAAAGUCACACCUACACCACCACCAUGUCCAAUGGGUACUCGUCGCCGAUGUCCACCGGAAGCUACGAUCCAUACAGUCCGAACGGGAAAAUGGGUCGUGAAGAUCUUUCGCCGUCGAGUAGUCUCAAUGGAUAUACGCCGGAUGGGAACGAUGCCAAGAAGCAGAAGAAGGGUCCGACGCCCCGGCAGCAGGAGGAACUGUGUCUGGUGUGCGGGGAUCGAGCCAGCGGCUAUCACUACAACGCCCUCACCUGCGAAGGAUGUAAAGGUUUCUUCCGGCGCAGCGUGACCAAGAAUGCGGUGUACUGCUGCAAGUUCGGGCAUGCCUGCGAGAUGGACAUGUACAUGCGGCGGAAGUGCCAGGAGUGUCGACUGAAGAAGUGUCUGGCGGUGGGGAUGCGACCGGAGUGUGUCGUCCCCGAGAACCAGUGCGCCAUGAAGCGAAAAGAGAAAAAGGCCCAGAAGGAGAAGGACAAGGUACAGACGACGGCCACCGUUAGUACAACGAACAACGCCUACCGGGCCGAGGUCCUGCCGGUGCUGAUGAAAUGUGAUCCCCCGCCGCACGCAGCCAUUCCGCUGCUACCGGAAAAACUGCUAAACGAAAAUAGGCUAAGAAACAUACCUCCGCUGACGGCCAACCAGAUGGCCGUCAUCUACAAACUGAUCUGGUACCAGGACGGCUACGAGCAGCCGUCGGAGGAAGAUCUCAAGAGGAUAAUGAUCGGUUCCCCCAACGAGGAAGAAGAUCAGCAUGACGUACACUUCCGGCACAUAACGGAAAUCACAAUCUUAACAGUACAACUAAUCGUGGAGUUCGCCAAAGGACUGCCAGCAUUUACCAAGAUUCCACAGGAGGACCAGAUUACGCUUCUUAAGGCAUGCUCGAGCGAGGUGAUGAUGUUGCGAAUGGCCCGACGAUACGAUGCCGCCACCGAUUCGAUCCUGUUCGCUAACAACCGAUCCUACACGAGAGACUCGUACCGGAUGGCAGGGAUGGCCGACACCAUCGAGGACCUGUUGCAUUUCUGCCGGCAGAUGUACUCGUUGACGGUGGAUAAUGUGGAGUACGCGCUACUGACCGCUAUUGUGAUCUUCUCGGAUCGACCAGGCUUGGAGCAGGCCGAACUAGUGGAGCACAUCCAGAGCUACUACAUCGAUACGCUGCGGAUCUACAUCCUGAACAGGCAUGGGGGUGACCUCAAGUGUAGUGUGAUAUUUGCCAAGCUGCUGUCGAUCCUGACGGAGCUGCGGACGCUCGGCAAUCAGAACUCGGAGAUGUGCUUCUCGUUGAAGCUGAAGAACCGCAAACUGCCACGGUUCCUGGAAGAGAUCUGGGACGUCCAGGAUAUCCCACCGUCGAUGCAGGCCCAGAUCAGUCACGAUCCUCAACAACAGCACCAACAACAGCACCAGCAGCAGUCCUCCAGUAAUAGUAGUAGUCACAACAAUAGUAGUAAUAGUAGUAGUAAUAAUAGCAGUAAUAGUAGCAAUAGUUUACACGGGCAGCAUCAGCAAUUAACGCCAAAUCAGCAGCAGCAACAGCAACAACAGCACAGUCAGCUACAGCAGCAACAACAACAAGUCCACACCAACGGAUCGUCGUCUUCUUCGGUGAUAGGAGGAGGAGGUGUGGUGGGUGGUGGUGGUGGAAGCUCCGGUCUCAGCAUGAUGGACCACCAGCAGGUAUAACUAGUGUAGGGAACGGUUUCCGCCGGCGGGCCGUCCACUCUUUCCAUUCCAUUGCUGGACGGAUCCGCUGCCGGUGAAACCGGAUCACCGCCGGUCUUCCCCCCGGAGGAUAUCUUAUUUAUCGUAGGAAGUUAAGAGGUCUAAGAUCUUGAAAUUAGUUUUUUCUUGGUUCUCAAGGAUCUAUGCGGCUUUUGUAGCCGUCGCGAUCCUUUUCCUAUCAUCUGCUUUUAUUUAUUAUACGUUCUUUUUUGGACCUGUUAUAUUCUUGCCAUUUCGGGCGGAUCGGCUGUUCCCCGUUUGAUUGGGAUCGAUCCGUUUCGAAGGGGGAUCCUAAGGCGGGUCACACCAAGGCAUUAGUUAAAGUGUGUUGUCCCAUGGCUUAGGACGCCCACCAGGCAAGUGACUGAAUUGCUAUUUUCUUGUUUUUUUUAUAAUCUAUAAAUCUUUCGACUAAGUGAAGCGUGCUUCACACAAAGACACUCACAAAAUUUAUCUAUCUACAACAUACAAACAAAAGAGAGAGAGACAUACACAUAUACUGAUAAAUUGUGUUCUGUUACAAAGAAGAAAAAAUAAUGUGUCGUAUUUAUACUAAAUAUGACUCUUUUACUAAUAUAAACCAAUACAAAACAAAAUACUAAGCUAGAGAGAAACCUGGAAAGCUGCUAGAGAUUUGGGCAAAAUAUCCCACUCGAAACAGGCACACACAAAUAAUUUAAAUGAAACAACUGUUACAAAAACAGUUGAUCAAAAGGAUGCAAAAACGUACGCAUACGCGCUCGUACAAGUGUAAGUAAGUUUACAAACUCCCUAGGACGAUAAGAGAGAAGAAAUUAUAAGAAAAAAAAACAAAACAAACAUUUGAAGAUAGAAACAAAAAAAACCGCGUUAGCUUGGUAAGGAAAAAAAUGCGCGAGACCGGAAGAGGUUUUGUGAUGGCGGAUGCGAUACGCGUGAGGACUGGCCACGUGGAGAGUGAGAGGUUCACGAAGAAAGAAAGAAAGGUCAAAACAUCAACAACAACCAAAUGCUGCCAACAACCACAACUAAAUAGUAGAGAAAUUUUAAGAAGCAUAAAACUCCUUCAAACAAACUCCGCAAAAGUGGUAACAAAACACUAGCCAGGAUGAUUUAACGAAAAACUUCUCACGAGAACCUCAAACACCAUCAAACAACUACCAUCAUUAAUUGUCGUCUCUCUCUAAAAAAAAGCUUAAGCCGGAGCUGAACCCCAGUUUUUUAUAUACAACUGAAAGGGUCACAACAUUUCCACCACUACCAUACAAAAAAGAGAAAAAAAACCAACACCACCUAGUAAAAAUCAGAAAUUUCAAGAAAAAAUACAAACAAACAAACAAUAGACGAAGAAAGCGGGAGAAAAACAAAUCAAAAAUCAGUUACGAAUCCAGAAGAGAAGAAACAAUAGAUAGAGAGAGAAAACAUCAACAAACAAACAACCAACAUCAAACAACAACCCGUAAAGCCGCGUACACACACUCAACAUUACACACGACCUCUUUCGUAUCCGUUUGGCUGUGACUUGUUAAUAUUUUAAGAUGAAUUAAGAAGCAAAGGAGAAAGUAAGAAAGCAGAGAAGAGUAACGACGGAGAAGAAAAGAAAACAGAAACAAAAAAAAACAACAUACCUUAAGAAAAAUACCUGUAGAGAAAGAGCGAAAGAAGAAAGGAAGAAUGGAAGUUUGAAAUCCAAACAAACAAUGCGCAUAGAGAAACGAUAGCGAAAAUUAGCAACGGAGAGAGAAAAUCGAAUGAGUGGGCUUGAGAUUGGAAGAGAACGAGAGUAGACUAGUAAAGCGCGCUCUAUUGAGAGCGAACUUAUCUUUUUUUGUAGGCAAAGUGGCGAGAGUGUGCAUAACCAAAAGAGAGAAAGAGCGAGUUAUAGAGAGAGCACAUUCAUCCGUACUGGAGCAAACAGUUUGUUUUGGAAGCAGAGAGAGAAAGUGACUUAGAGUAGUAGGAAGACUUAACACUCAUUUUUAGUAAGAUUCUGUUUUUUUUUGUGGAAAGAUUGUACUGAAAUAGGACAACACAAUCAUUCGGUAUUGACCCUUAAUGGACUCGGACAAAUUUGAAAGGAACAAUUUAUUUUAUUUAGGAAUGCAAUCAAUAUUGAUUUAUAGAAGACGAGACGAAAUGUUCGAUUAGGGACGAUAGAUUUUCCUCUCAAGAAGAUCGAUGAGGUUACUUUGGCAAGCAUGAAGGAUAUGGUAGACAAAAUUGAAAUUUAUGUAAUUGGUUAUUAUAACUGGCAAUUAGGUACUACUUUUUUUUUUUAAAUAUUUUGUUAAAUAAAACUGUAAAAAAUUUACAUCAAUCCAAUUGGUUUAGUCAGAAACAUUACAUUAACACUUUUUUUUUGUUCUGGAAUUUUGUAAAUUAAAAAAAAAAACCUUUGCAUUCUACAUUGAAAUGCCCUAAACAAUUUUUCAGCAUUUUUAAAACGUUAAUGACUAAUCAAGUAAAGACCAGGCACAAAUAUAGAUGGACUUAGAUUGGAGUCAUAUGUUUAAACAAAAAAUAAUAAGAUCCUACUAGAAUUUUGUAAUUAGUACCUUUUUCGUCAUGAUUUUUAGGGCAGAAAUUAAUCAGUUGCAUUACUUCAACAAAUCUAUCGAUCUUGGCAAACGUUGAAUUUAUACCUUUUGAGUUAUUUACAAGUAGCAUUGUCGAUUCUAUUGCAUAAAUGCAGGCGAUUUAAUACUACCAUAAAUGUACCGCCGCUAAGUAAAUCGCCUGCCAGUAUGCAAUCAAUUAAAUUUGAAAUAUUUUUAAAAAUUCUGAAAUGUUUGAGAUAAGACUCCAUAAAUUCUUCUAAUUUUCUGUGUGGUUUGUAAAAUACCACAUUCUAUAAGGCAAGAAUGAUUACAAUGAUUCAAAGAGCUUUGAAAAGUGGUAAUUGACAGCACGUGGCUUGACUAAAGUAACGGUUAUCAAUAGUGUGUUUGUAUUUUCAAAUCUGGUUAAAAAAAAAUUAAAAAAGGAAUUCAACUUGGAUCUUCAUCUUUUUAAUUUUAUUCUGCACCGUCUGACCGACUUAACGAUUUUAAGACUAGGAAACCAAUGAAAACUGCCACUUUUUUAACUUAGGUACUCUAACUAUUUUCAUUCUUUUGUUUCUUGAACGAAAAACUUGACAAAAGAUAAAUUUUAAUCACGAUUGACAUACAAGUAGUCCCAAUUGGAGUUAAGUUACCGGAUAAACUCUACACUAAACCAAUUAUUUUGUAUCAAUCUUAUCGUACAGUUUGGUUCGAACAAAUCAAUCGGGAAAUCACACGUAUCAGAACGUUUAAAACUUAGUGAAAUUUUUACUUAGUAUGCAAUUUAUUUCAAAAUUUUACAACCCUAGCGAAAUCGAGUAUUGCUUACCGUUAGUCAAUUAUUGAAAAUUAGUUUCAGACUUUAAAAAAAUGUGUACACUUCCAUUCGAAUUCUACUAGAGCUUAACCCCAACUAUUGGUUUCAGUAGAAAAAUUGACAACUAAAAUUCAGUCAAAUUGUUACAAUUUAAUUUUCCCCCAAUCUGAGAAAAACACAAAAGAAAUAAACCGAUGAACAAAAGUAUUUUGGAAACGAAGGUGCCUUUAGUGAAGAGACAAAGAACAAACUAAUAACGGAAGAGAUAGUAUGAGCAAAAAGUAAAACAGAAAAGAUAUGUGAAAAAAAAACAGUACCAACAGGACGGGCAUUUUGCGAGAUAUAGAACCAAAACCUAUAGUGAAGAAGCGAAUCAACGGGGAAUGGGUCAUCGUUUGGUGUCGAAAAACGUAACGUGUUAAAAACGGAAGUCAAGAACGUAAAAAAAAUCAGUACUCUCUUAGAAAAGGGUCGAACCGAUAAUUGCUGAGCGCAAAAGUUUGUUGGAUUGGAAGACAACAACAACACCUGUUAAGAUGGGAUGGUGAACGAUUGGAAAAAAUGAUCAAGCAAAAAAAAACAACAACAAUGAGUAAAAAAACAGAAAUGAAACAAAUCUUUGCGGAAUGGAUGAAUCGUAAAGUUUUCUAUUGUUGAAGUAAGAGAAAAUGAAAUUCAAACAGAAAAAAAACACAAAACUUGUACAGUAAACUGUUAAGAAGACGACUAGAGAAAAUGAGAAAAGCGAGCGAGUAGGAUGGCAGCAUGGCGAGAAAAUUUGAAAUAAAAACAAAAUGAGAUCGAGUGAGAGAGCUACAAAGUUUGUUUGCAAGAUAUGAUGAGAAACAUAAGAUACUUCGCUUAGGAAAGAACUGGGAUAUGUGCAAAACAGAAUAAGAAAUUUUCUCAAAUACUAUCAAUAUUUGUAUUAGUUACUAUUAUUAUUGCUAUAUUAUUUUAUUUUAUUUUUUGUAAUAAAAUAUUUUUUAACAAUUAAUUUCGACUUGAGUUUUUAUUUCCUGUUGUCUUUGGUUCGAUAUGUUGACAUGGUUCUUAGUUUUGGUUUGAGUAAUCUAUCACGUGCCAAUCGAGGAAAAGUAAGUUUCGAUAAUCCUCUAAUUGGGUUCUCCCUUUUCUGGUUUAAAUUUUUUUUAUCAUUAUCCGCUUUCUUUGAUACUUUGAGCUUAUAAGUUAUAGCUUUUGAUGAAAAAUAACUAUUGCUUCAUUUUCAAAAACAGUUGUUUUUGAUAUUUUUCACGAUGGGCGUGUACGUAUGAGACAGGAAAAACUUGCAAUAGAAAAUUACGGACAGCCUGCCAACAAUCACGGUCGUUUUUUAAGUUGUUUUUCCCAAAAUUUGUAACAUGAAAGUUAAACAACUUACAUUAUAUCACGAACACUACCAGAGAAAUUUCAGACAAUUGAGUUACUUUUUAUUUGUUCAUUACUUCCGUCCUUCUGAUUUAUUUUAGAGAUACUUUGAGUGAACUUUUAUCAAGACUUGAUAUUUGAUAAUUUGAUAACCCCAUAAUUCAGGUAUUACCCAUAAUGUUAGUUGCUUAAGGAAAUUUAAUAAUUUAGUUUCAUUGAUUAAUAAAACGAUUUUUUUUACUGCUCCUCCUUUUUUCGAACAAUUAUAUUGCCUACAUAAAGGCGCUUAAAAAUUAGAUGUUCGAAUGUAUAUUUUUCGGCAAAGACUUGAUAAAUAACAUUCACAAAUCACAAUACUCAAUAUGCUGCUGAAUUUGAAUGAUUUAAAAAAGAGAGUCCUUCGAAAUUCAUUUUUCAGAGGUCCCAAAUCAAAAGUUUCUUUAGAAUUUUUUAUUUUCGCUUUGCUAACUGCAUUCUUCAAUUAUUCAUGAUACUAUCGAGAUGUUACCUAAUGUAAUAGUGCAAAUUAAAAUUUAAAGUUAAUUUUUCUGGUUUAUUAAAAGGUUCUUUACUGCCGUUCCGAGCCAAAUUGUCCCAUGUAAAAAAACUUGCAAAUGAGAAAAACGUGAUUUAUAUUUCCAAUUUUUCUCUCAAACUUGAAAUUACAAUUUUUCUGCCAAAAAAUUUAUUUUUUUACAACAAACUAUAGAGAAUGAUUGAAUUUCGUAUAAGUUCAGAACAAAGUACAUGUUUGUGUUUUUAUUCGAAAGUUAACAUUAAAAGAGACGGUUUCCAGCAAAAAAAGUGAGAAUGACCCAAAAAUCACAUCGGACAGUUUUGCUUGGAACUUCAGUUUACAGGUUUGACGUUGAAAUGUGUCAUAAAAGAGUGGAAUUCAUAAAAAACAACCUUUUUUUUUUUAAACAGAUUUCUUAAAAUUUAUGUUGUUUCUUGAAUAAAACUAAACCAAUGAGUGUUUUCGGUAGUUUUCGGUAAGCGCAUUGGACAGGCCUAAUAAUUCGUCAUAAGAGGGGGCAGGCGGUUUCGUUGAAAACCUGGACAUGCGCGAUGAAAAAAAUUAGUAUUUUCCAGGACACCAAAAAAUUUAUUGAAAUGACAUGCAACUCUGCUAAGAUUGUAUAAAUAAAGGUGAAAUACAGGUACGGAAGACGCCUUUAGUCUUGCAACUGAAACGAGCACAGCCUUGGCUGGCCUGCAGUUUAUAUCGAAAAACACCAUUUAAAAUAUUAUCUGACCAAAGACAAUCAUCGGUUAAACUAUUUCAUUACAGAUUUUUUUGAUGUUCUCAUCAUUUAGCUAUAAAAUCAGCUAUAAUUUAGAUAUUUUUUGAAAAUCAGUCCAACCAUCAGACCAUUAUUCAAAAGUCAGGACAAUUCAAGCGUUUUCGAAAAAUCAGGACGAUCUCUCUUAAAUCCGGACAAAUCCUGAAAAAUCAGAGCACCUGGCACCUCUGGUCGACAUUUCUAUAUUUUUGUUCCAUACGAUGAGUGCGUGCAAGUAAAAUCUUGCACGCAAGUAAAGUAUACAUUCUGGCGUUUUUUUUGGCCCGAGUUUCGGUGAAGAUGGAUAGCAUUGGAAUUUAUUUGUUUGUUCCGAAUGAAAACAUUUAAAAAAAAUGAAAUUAAUUGCUUUUAAUAAAGAGAUUGAAUAUUCUGUUAUAAAUAAAGGGUACCGUAAACUGGGGGAACAUUGAUCAAUGUUUUAAUUCAUUUUCGAAUAUUUUGGAAGGAGUUGCUAUUUUGUAUCACUAAAAUGUUUCAAAAUACUUACUGAAAUAAGGAGUAUAAAGCAUGAUCAUUGAUAGCAGAAUAUUCAAUCGACUUUUAAGGAUAAAAGUUAAUGUUUGUUACAAAACCAGAUUAUGUUUCGGGGUAACUUCGAUUACUAUGGUAACUUUAACGUAUUUCAACAUCUUCAAAAUUAUUGUAUUGAUGCCAAUUAGCACUGAAGGCUUAAAACAUCAAUAUCAGUAAUUUUUUGUUUGGACUCAAUUGCAUUUUUUUAACGUUUUCUUUCAAAAACAAAUAUUAUGUAUACUCAAAAGAUGGACAAUGUUGCUCUACAUCUAGGGGUAAAAAUUAUAAACAUUUCUCAUUUUUUUGGCCUCAAAAACAAAUGAAGUUUUUCCUCCAUGCGAUUCCCUAGGUCCUCUCAUUGUUCCCAUGUUCUUUUUUUCUUCAAAUUGAACCAUUUUUACUAUACGGCUUUCACAUGGAAAAUCCCGUUUUUUUUUCAAUAUCUAAAAAUUAUUACCAAAUGACCUUAAAAAUAUCACUUAAACUAAACCUGAACAAAGUAAAAAGUUAAACUUCCAGAUAAAACAACCCAUUUGUUCAUAAAUGCCCAAAUUUGAUGAGGAGAGAUGUUUGUUUGUGAACAUUCGAAAAACCAGAUAUUUUAAGAUUGUAAAAUUACAUUUUAAGUAGUAUCAAAAUGAUCUAAUAACAAUCAAACUCAGCUUAUUUGUAAUUCAAUUUUUAGGCUUUCAAACGUAGUUAAAAGUUUUCAAAUAUUUAUUUUUUAACUUAGUUAAUGAUGAUUAUCUGCAAAAAUUUCAUGUUGAUCAAAGUUAUCCCGGAGAUCAAAGUUCCCCCAGUUUACGGUACUCAAAAGAUGAAUAAUGUUGCUGCAUACAUUUAGGGGCAACAAUUAUAAACAUUUCUCAAUAUUUUAUGGCCUCGAAAACAAAUGAAAUUUUACCCUCAUGCAAUUCCCUAGGUCCUCCCACUGUUCCCAUGUUCUUUUUCUUUUCUUCAAACUUAAGCAUUUGAUAGGGUUUUGAGCCAUUUUUUCUGUACAGGCUUUCUCAAAGAAAAUGUCCGUUUUUUAAUAUCACAGAAUGACCAUGAAAAUAACUUUAAAACUAUACCUUUACAAGGGAAAAAAGUUAAACUUUCAUACAAAACAACCCAUUUGCUUCUAAAUGCUAUCAUUUUAUCAGGAGAGGUGUUUGUUUGUGAGCAAAUUUUAAAAUUACAUGUUUAAUUAUAUAAAAAAAAUUCCAAAUUCAAACCAAAUUUAGCCUAUUUGUAACUUAAUUUAUAGGCUUUCAAACGUAAAAAAAAUCCAGAUAUUUCAACUUCAGACUUGGUUAGUGACGGUUAUCUGCAAAAAUUUCAUGUUGAUCAAAGUUCCUCCAGUUUACGGUACCUUAAACUGUAAAAAGGUGUGAAGUAAAGUAAAUUGUUUAGUUUCAAAAGCUUCUAUUCAAUUGUGAGAUGGAUGUUUGGCCUUCUGAAUCAAAUACUUAUUUAGGAAAUUUUAAAUAUCUAGCUUAUCUACAAAUUUACAUGUAUUUUCAGAGCUUUAGAUCCUGAUGAUUGGUUUUUGAGCACGAUUUCGUCAGCAGGGGAGCAGACUCGCUUCGGAAAGAAUCAUUCGGCUGAUUUUUUCCGAGUUUAACUUGUUGUGUGCAGAUUGAUUUUAUCUUCGUUCCAAUCAUGACGUGAUUGCACACAAAACGAAGAGAACAGUUCCGAAUUGAUGUUUUCCAUGCCUCGCAGGAAUAAAAUCACACCAACGAAACAACAGAACGAAGCUUACCGUUCACGAAUGCACACGAGCGAUCGUUGCCCGUCGGACCGCGGACCGAGUGUACAUUGCCUCGCACCCUUCUCCCAUUCGUUUCCCGUUCCCUUGUAUCUAUUACUUUUAGCCACGCCCCCAUGCGUUGUCCGAUUGAUGUGUUCGGCUGCCGAACGAAAACGAUUUGAAUUUUUAAUUCGCAGAACUGUACGUUUGCUUCGCUGAUGUUUCCCCCGAUUGCUGUUUACUCCUGCCGAGUUUACCCGAAGUUUACUACCUGAUGCUUUCCGAGUUGAACUUUCGAUAGCAUCAUUGCAGUUUGAGUUUAACGAAAUAAAAUCGUUCUGCAAAGAAGGGCAAAGUGCGAGUAUGUAGACUCGCGAUUUUAACAUCUCUGCAGGGGAGAAGAUACUUGAUCCUCUUUUCUUGUUUACAUGGUAUCUUUUUAGAAAAACUCGUCGCCUUUUGCAUUUUCUGACAGCGUGUAAUUUAAAGUUUGUAUGCUCCAAAAAUAAGAACGAUUCUUGAUGCCGUUGGUUAAUUAGAAGUAUUCUGGUGGGACAUAAAAAUAGUGAUAUUUUUAACAUUAAGGGAGACUCGAUUCUUUAUUAAAGGAGACUUAAUCCUGUAUUCAGGAGGACCUAACCCUCGAAAAAAAAAAUCAAAUAAUAUCGAAAGAUGAAAGAUCCAUUGACUAUUUUAGGUAACUUUAAUGCUCAGUUAAAAAUUUAUAAGUGCCAGAAAAAAGAAUAUUUUAAAAUCUUCAACCCUAAAGUCAUUGCACACUUUAAGGUGCUUUAUGCUAAUUUUAAGACAAAAUCAGUUUUUUGAGUACUUUUUACGAAGCUAUUAUCUGGAAAAUAUUAGUUUUUGGAUGAAAACUAGUGGUUCCAUAAUUGGCAAUAAUCACGAUCUAUUCAGAAAAAAAUUAUAUCUUUUUGAAUUUCAGGGAUCAAUGAAAUUUUAGAGGACAGUUUCUGGGGAAAAAGGAAAGUUUUCCAUUGCUUCUUAAAUAUGGCAUUAUAAAGUUCAUAUCACACUCUAACUGAAAAAUUUUAAAUUGAUGAAAAAUGAUCUUCAAGUCACAUUUUAUGAAAUUAUUCAAAGAAAGGACAACUCAAAAAGAAAAUUUGUUAAUUUUUUUUGAGCUUAUAGCAUAGCUGUUUUGCUCCUUUUGGCACAAUUUUCUAGAACAAUUGUUUUUGUAAGAAAUUUCAAUUUCGAGAUAUAGCCAAGGAAUCAAGUAUCCUCAGAGUUCAAGUAUCCUCAUUUUCCCCUGUAGAAACAUUCAUUAUCAAAUAGGCCAAUUUCAAAUAAAAUAGGUAGGGGAGAGUGGGGAUACUUGAUCCCCUUUUCUUAUUUUCACCACCUUUUACAUUUUCUGACAGCGUGUAACUUCAAGUUUAUAUGCUUCAAAAAAUUAGAACGAUAUUUGAACCCGUAGAUAAACUAGAAGCAUUUUCGUGGAAGUGAAAAAAUUGUGAUAUUUUUGAAGUUAAGGGAGAUUUGAUCCGUUAUUCAGGAAGCCCUUAUCCUUGGAAACAACACUAAGCAAAAUCCAAGAUAUAAUGUCAAUUGACUUUUUCUGUAAAAUUUGUUCUGAUUUCACAAUUUAUAACUGUUAGAAGUAGAAGAAGAUAUUUUUAUAACUUUGUCUCAACCCUAAUUACAUAGCAUACUUAAAGGCGCUUUUUUUCUAUAACUAAGAGAAAAUUAAUUAUUUAAGCCUUUUUCUUCAGACAAUUGUUAAAUAAAUAAAGUUAUUGGAUGAAUAUUAGUAAUCUCGUAAUCAGCAACGAUCACGAUCCAUUCAAAAAAAGAAUAAACUGUUUUGAACCCUAGGGAGCAAUUGUACUCAUAAUGAACAUUUUAGAAAACUUUUCCUGAAAAAAGUUGAGAGUUUUCAAUUGCUUUGAAAAUAUGCUUUUAUGAAGUUCAUAUUACACUCAAAUGAUUGAUGUAUUGAAAUAAAUAUUCUGUUAUACUUUUUCCAUGUAAGGGACAUCUUAAAGUGAUGAAAAAAGAUCUUCAAGUCACAUCUUGUGAAAUUUUUCAAACAAAGUUCAACAAUUCAAACAAUUACUUUGUAAAAAAAAUUUGAGCUUUGAGCAUUGUUGUUUUGCUCCAUUUGGCACAUUUUUGUAGAACAUUUGAUCUUUGUAAGACAUUCCAGUUUCGAGAUAUAGCUAAGGAAUCAAGUAUCUCCAGGGAUCAAGUAUCCUCAUUCUCCCCUAUAGCCUUCAGGGAUUUUAUUUGGAAGGUUUACUUAUAUUUUUGAUAUAUUAUAAAAUUGAAAUCUCUAUAUUAUCACGUGGUUUCAUUUAGCAUAUUCUUUGGAAUCUAGAGUCCGGGUACUGUUCGGAAGCGCCUGAAAUUAUACUAGAAAACAGAGAUUGAAAAUUUUCCGUUACAGACAGGAAACUUGCAACGUGUUUGUGAAGGUAAAGCAUGAUUUUUGAAACACAUAAAAGUCCGAUACGAUUGUUAUAAUGAUCCAAAGAAUAAAACCGAGCUUCGUAUAAAAGAAAUCAAAAUCAUGUGACAAUUUUGACUAACUUCACACACAAUUUUUUCAAUGCUGCCAUUCCUCGCUCGAUUUCUUUCGAAGUUUAAGUACAGAAAUCCAAAAAUCUAAAUCGUUUAUGAUUCCCGGAUCACUGAAAAACUUACGUAAUUUUAGAUGUAAGAAUUAGACAAAUUCAAAUUUGAUGUUAAAUCAUAGCAUAAUUUUCAGAAUUAAUACCAGCUAAUGAAAGAAUGUUUAUCACCGAAAAAUGACACGAAAUAUCAUUAAAAGUUUUUAAAGAUGAACUGAUAAUCCAUAAAAAAAAGAAACACUCAUCAUCAAGUCGUCACCAAUCCUAUCGCCAAUCGCUGCUGCAACACGCAAUACACGUUUCGAUAAGACUUAAGCGUUAUCAAGAAAACUUAUAAACGACGUAAAGAAAAACUUCUGUAAAUUGUACUUGAAAAA